GCGUGGUUUAUUUUCGUAACCAUAUUUUUGCAUAAUCGGAUAUUUUGGAUUCUAUCAUAAUGAGUUUUCUUAAAGCUUAUUUGAACAUUUUCGGGAAUUUCGGAAAGGUCAUAAAACAGAAUGGAGGACCUAUAGGGUGUCUUAAAACCCUCUACAGAAUGGAUGAUUUAAAAUGGGGUACUUUGGUUGGAGAGGACAAAUACGGUAACAAGUACUAUGAGAACAAUUACUAUUUCUACGGUCGUAACAGGUGGAUCGUUUACGCUCCGUACGUUCACAUGAACUACGAUGGCUCCCAAGUCCCUGCUGAAUGGUUUGGAUGGUUGCACUACAAAACUGACCUUUUGCCCCAAAACGAUCCCUCUAGACCAAAGCACAAGUGGAUGAUCGAUCAUCAAAUGAAUUUGUCAGGCACCAACCAAGCCUACAUGCCAUACAGCACGACCAAGUCCAAAGUUGAACCCUGGAAGCCUCCUCAGUGCUGAAUAAUCACAAUUUAAACAAAAUAGAUUCUUCAUUACAAAUUGGUGAGCUAGGAAAUUAAAUAUUGAUCAAAUGUACCAGAUGUAAUGGACAUAGUAAUGUAAAAUAAAUAAUAACAUCCAUUACCACGGGUAAAAUAAAUAUAUUAAAACCAAAA